AUGGCAGACCAAACCCAAACCAGCCCCGCCAAACAGAAUGUUACACGGCCACAGCUGGGCUCUAUGAGGAGUAGCUCAUAUCUCAGUGAUCAUCAGGAAUACCGCCCUCCUCGAUCCGAAUCAGCUCGACAGGAUCAGCACUUCCAUGGCAUUGACACGGUUAUAGAGGACACGGCCAACUCGCCUGUUCCUCAGACAAGGCCCAUUCUGCCCUUCAAUGGCAUCCCAUCUGAAGACAACCCUGUGACUGUCGUUGACAGCGGGCUGAGUCACUCGUACUCUCAUCCAAACUGCGCUCCUCGAUCUGGCGAGAAGUCGGAUCGCCUCAUUGCGACUCUGUUCUACAAGCCAAGAGGCGAGGAUCAGGGUUCUCGAUCUCCUAUCAAGACAACAUUUGCAGAUAGCAAUGAGUCUCUGCCCGCCAACUUGGCCCCUACAAACGAUCCUAAUGAGUAUCCUCUCGAGCCUCCCACUCAGGAGUCUGAGCAGCUGGACCACAUCUACGGUUCUUAUAUCUCACCUCUUUGCAUCACCUCGUUCCUCCAUCUCAUGUCUUCUUUCCCUCUUCCCCAAGAUGCCGAUGAGCCUCACUCUUCUCACCGAUGUCUGGACAACCAGGAGCAACCGCGCAUUGUCGAGCUGACGCUCUCUCCUACGCCAUCGCCCGAUUACCUCAGCUUGAAUGACUUGAGGAAGCACGAGAUGAUCUACCGAUUCGAGCAGGAGUGGAACGUGGAUGUGGUCCUCCAGCGGGAUACCGUAUGGAGGCGCCACCCUAGACUGGUGGUCUUCGACAUGGACAGCACUCUCAUCACUCAGGAAGUCAUCGACCUUUUGGCCGAUCAUAUCAAGGAUCCUCCGGAUCUGGCUGCGCGAGUCGCCGAAAUCACACACCGCGCUAUGAUGGGCGAGCUAGAGUUUGAGGCUUCUUUCCGUGAGCGUGUUGCUCUCCUAAAGGGUUUACCUGCUACUCUCUUCGAGGACCUGCGACCGGUAUUGAACGUCACCAAGGGUGCGCCAGAGUUGACCAAAGCUUUCAAGCGACUGGGAAUCAAGACAGCAGUACUCUCUGGCGGUUUCCAGCCUUUGACAGGAUGGCUUGCUGCGCAAUUGGGCAUUGAUCAUGCUCAUGCCAACCAUGUUGUCAUUGAUAAUGGCAAGUUCACGGGUGAGGUUGCGGGUGUUAUUGUCGGCAAGGAGCGCAAGAGGGAUCUUCUUCUUGAGAUUGCUGCCAAGGAGGGUGUUGAUCUGUCUCAGGUCAUUGCUGUUGGCGAUGGUGCCAACGACUUGCUCAUGUUGGCAAAGGCAGGCUUGGGAGUUGCCUGGAACGCAAAGCCUCGAGUGCAGAUGGAGGCGAACGCUCGCCUGAAUGGAGAGAGUCUGCUCGAUCUCUUGUAUCUUCUUGGCUUCACCGCUGAGGAGAUUGAGGCGUUGACCGUAUAG